UAGAAACUUGAAUCACAGCUAGCGUGUUAGCAGCUUGGAGUCGGUGUGUUGUCAUUAACGGGGACGGCACAUUGGAUUUUUAUUUUUUUCUGGCACGUUGGGGUUUGCAAACUAAAGAGAAAAGUAAUGUGCGCAAGUAUAAGCUGGCUAGUUUAACUACGAUACGACACGGCUCGAGUCCGUAUUGUUGUAUCAACGUUAGCCUCGACGACGGCUCUUCUGCGCAGUAACUUUGCUUCAGCGAAACAACGUCUGAAUUCUUGACGUGACGUUGCGUAGCUUUGUCACUAAUAGACGUAUGUACUGGACGCGACGAUGGAAGUGGCUGCCAACGGGAAGGUCAAAAGGAGGCACCUGAAUGCAGCAGAGUGCGAUGAACUGGGACAAAGUACAGAGGGUAGUGAUGCCCUGACCCACCCCCACACUGUCCACCAUGGGCAGAGCAACCCCUACCGGGGGCUUUACCCCAGGACACCCACCAAGCGACGGAAGUGUGCAUCUGCCACAGGAAGCCCUGCAGGGCAACAGAAGGGCAUCAACCACUUCUUCUCUGUGACGGGAGUCAUCAGCUCCAGUCCGCACAAAUCCCCCCGGCCCUGUUCUUCCACACGCACAGAUGGACUCAAUGGAGAGCGUAGCACGAGCCUUUCUAACAGGACGCUUUUUCCCAAAAAAGAGCCGGCGGCUGUGGACGAGGAGGAGGAGGACGAUGUCGACCUAUUAGCUGCUGCAAUGGCACAAGAACUUGAAGAGGAGGAGGUUGACGAUGUGAGCAUGUUAGCGGCAGAGAUGCUGACGGAGCCUGUGGCGAAGCAGCAUGAGGUGGUGGAUUAUCUGGAGGGAAUGACAGCAGAGAUGUUUGGAGACGAUGAGUUUGAAGAGCAGGUGGAGGCCCUCCCUGACGCCCACUAUGGGCUCCUGGGCAGCAGCAAGGUCCUGCUGAAGCCUCAGGGCUGCAUAGAUGACCUUCCAGAGGAGGUGCUGAGGCAGGUACUGUGCCUCCUACCUGCCCAGGACCUCUACCGUAAUGUCAGCCUUGUGUGCCAUCGCUGGAGGAACAUCGUCCAGGACACCAAGUUUGUUCCCUUCAAGAAACAGUACUACCGCUACAUGAUGAGGGAGAAGGAUACAGUGUUGGAGAUCUUCAACAUCCUGAGGGAGAGUCAUAUAAAGGGUCAAAUGCAGCACAGCAUACGGCAGCUUGUUGUUUUAAUGGCCCAGCAUAAGGUCGGAGAGCGGGCGAGGACAGAGGACGUUUUGAAGUGUGUUAAGAAACAUCGGCUUUUCCCUCAAGCCGACGCCUCUGUGAAAUUACGUAUUCCUGUCAUUCAGAAGUGCUUUAACCUGGGCAUGGAGGGUCCCAACCCGUACGCUGCAAUGGCUGUCAUACUGAUCCUAAGCGAGAGCGUUGAUGACGUGCAGGCCUUGGUGUCUCUGCUCACCGGCUGCAUGUCACACACCGCCAUCACAGAGUACCUCAGCCACAUGGCCACGAUGUUACUCGCCUUAGAGAGGAGCAACAUCCGGAUUAGUAACAGGUUGCAUUACAACAUCUACUACGUACUUCACCUAAUGGAGAAUGGCCCCUUUUGUGUCAGCUCCGGUCAGAGCAGUCAGCCUCAGAUUCAUCUCACACGUGAACAGCAGCAGAUUCUCAGCCACAACAUCCAGCCAGACCAGGUGGUCAAAAUUGUGGCAUUUGCAGGUACAGGCAAGACGACCACGUUGGUGAAGUACGCCGAGCAGCGGCCACACCUCCGCUUCCUGUAUGUGGCCUUCAACAAGUCAGUGGCCAGCGAGGCGCAGCGCCGCUUCCCCAGCAACGUGGACUGCAAGACUGUCCACUCAUUGGCCUUCAGCGACGUUGGGAGGAGCUACCAAAUUCAUAAGAAGCUAACCUUCAACCUGAGCCCAUUCACCCUCAACUCUGUUCUGCCCGAAGGCCGCGGUGGCUUUGUCAAAGCCAAACUGGUGGCCACAACUCUCGAGGCUUUCAUGGCUUCAGCAGACGAGACUAUUACUACCAGCCAUGUCCCCAGCAUCCACAUAACCAAGAAGGACCGCCAGAAGCAUAUAUGCGAAAGUGAAAAACCGUUUUUUGUCCAUGAUGCACAGACCAUCUGGAACAAAAUGAAGGAUCUCAAUGAGACAAAACAACAGGCCUACUACAUGACCCACGACGGUUACCUGAAGCUAUGGCAACUCCAAAUCCCGAAGCCCCAGUUGUCGGACCAAUACGACGUCCUCUUCAUCGAUGAAGCCCAGGACUGCACUCCUGCCAUCAUGGAUGUGCUUCUGUCUCAGCAAUGUGGGAAAAUCCUGGUUGGGGAUCCUCAUCAGCAGAUCUACACCUUCAGAGGAGCUGUCAAUGCCCUCAACAUCGUGGACCACACACACAUUUUCUACCUGACACAGAGCUUUCGGUUCGGUGCUGAGAUCAGCUAUGUGGGUGCCACAAUCCUCAAAGUGUGCAAGAGUGUGCAGAAGAUUCUAGUGGGAGGAAAGCAAAAAGGCGGCGUGUGUGACGAGACCGCAGACAAUUUUAGAGCAGCUAUGAGGACAGGUGUCAGUCAGUGUCGGGGGAAGACGGCCAUCUUGUCGAGAUGCAAUCUCAGUGUGUUCAGCGAGGCUGUCCGGCUCACUGACGCCAACCUGCACUGCCGGAUCCACUUCAUAGGAGGUGUCCAAAGUAUCGGUCUGAAAAAGAUCCUGGACGUCUGGCACCUGAUGCAAAGGACAGAAGAGGAAACCAAAGGGUCGGGCCGACUAACAAAAUUCAUCAGGGACCCUUUUAUUCGCUUGUUUGCUAAGAGAAAUCCAAACCCCUUCUCGGCUCUAAAGAAUUACGUCUCACAGACGGAGGACAAGGAGCUGGAUGUCAAACUCAGCAUUGUUGAAAGAUACGGAAAGCGCAUCCCCGAACUGGUGACACGCCUGGAAAACUGCUUUGAAUGUGACUUUAACAAAGCAGACUUCAUAGUGGGGACAGUCCACAAGGCUAAAGGUUUGGAGUUUGACACUGUGAUGGUCUGUGAUGACUUUACCAAGGUUCCCGCUUCAAGUCACAACCUGCGCUACAAUCCUGACUUCCGUUUCGACAAGAUUCCUGACGAUGAGUGGAACCUGCUGUACGUGGCGGUGACUCGUGCCAAGACCUCACUGAUCAUCACCAAGACCAUCAGUCGCAUCCUCACAAUGGCUGGGGAGUACUUCCUGAAGUCAGAGAUGCCAGGCUUAUCGCUGAAGGCGGGGGAGCCUAUCCCGUGCUGCGUCACAGACUGUCCCAACUGCCUCACACCCGGAGCGGCCUUCAUCAUGCGCAAACAACAGAUGACAUGCACUGACGGUGUGUCUGCUGGCGGCCCGUUGUGUGAGAGGUGUGUGUGGACACGCAUCGGGCCAACUGCCUUCCUCAUGACCGACGACGUGCUCUCAAUGGCUGCAAUCCACAGGAUUUUCUAAAGCCGCUUGGCUUCAAGGACCUAAAAUACCUCCUUCUUUUGUGCAUUGAGGGGGGAAAAGGACUUUCAGGUCCCCUUUUUUAAAAUGCUGACCGGGGCGAGGAAUACUGUCAGGUCUCUACCUAGAGACACUCAAACAGACUCAAAACUAAAGCUGUUUUAAUUUGAGUUUUUGUGUUUUUGUAUUUUUCUCUGUGAGAUAAAGGGAAUGGGAUAAUGUAACUGUUGAGAUAGUCUUUAUAAAGGUAAUUAACAGUCUACAGCACCCACAGUGUGAUUGUGUGACAAAAGUGAUAAGUGUGUGCCUAUUUAAAAAAAAAAAAAAA